CCCACUUUUAAGAUAACGAAGAGAAAUAAUGGUAAUGCAAUGAGCUAAAAGCCAAUUUUAUAAGAAUAUGAUUACUAUGAGUAUGAUGCAGCUUAACUUUGCCCAAAGGCUAAAAAUACCAGAAGACUAAAUACUAAAGAAGACUAGUUUUCCUCCAUUAAUUGCUUUAGAAAAAACAAAUUUACUGCUUAAAAAGUUGUAAACAGAAUAAUACCCUUUUUUGAGUAUAAAGUAUAACCUCUGCCACAGAUAUUUAAUAUGAAAUUAUUUACAUGAGAGCUAAUGGUCUCCAUAGUUAAAAAUGCUAUACUAUAUUUACAUUAUUAUUUUACAGGAAGCAGUAAACUGCUCAGCCAGUUAUGACAAAGUGCUAAUUUCUUCAGUUCACUUAGUCAACAAAUUGCUUUACAAAUACAUUCAGUAAAUGCUUCAGCUGAUGCACUUUAAUGACUUCGGCUAAUAGCUUUUUUCUCUGCAAACUGUUAUGUGUGAACUAGCAACAAUUUUGCUUUCUUAGAACAGCCCAAUUUCUGAUGAAGAGAGAGAUGUCUACGAGGAGUUGCUGACACAAGCUGAGAUUCAAGGCAAUAUCAAUAAAAUAAACAUUCACAUAGCUUUAGUCCAAGUGAAUGAGGCUAUUGACCGGCAAGAUGAAGGGGCACUGAUGGCAGGUUUGAACCAUCCUGCUCUGAGCCUACUUGAAGUUCUGCCACAAAAUUCCUCAUGGUACCUAUUGCAAUUGUGUGAUUUUAAAGAACAGAAAAUGCAGAUAGCAGGCAUUCCAAAUAUGCUCGACAAAAGUGAAAUACAGAAAGAAGUUAGUGUUGCCAAUGCAGAAGCUGAGGCUCACAAGCUUAAACUUAUAGCGGUUGACAAUAUCAAUACAGCAAUUCAUAACUGUGAUCCUAGUAAAACACUGGUUGCACUGAUGAAACCCGAGGCACAGCUGCCUGUUGUUCACUCAUUUGCUGCUGCUGUCUAUCAGACUGAGCUGUUCAACCUCCAGCAACAGAAUGCUGUGAACUACCUGGCACAUGAUGAACUGUCUAUUGCAGUAGAAAUGUUGUCAGCAGUUGUGUUGCUAAACCAGACCUUGGAAAAUAAGGACAUCCUAAUGAUAAAGAAUCAUCUCAGAGACCCAUGCAUUGGCUUCAAUAAUCUGGAAGAGGAAAACUUGCAACGUUAUGCUGAUACACUAUUGUCUAUUAAGUCAGAGGCUUCAUCUCAAGGCCAAGAUUAUUUAAGCUGGAAUAAUAUCCAGAACUGCAUUGACAUGGUUAAUAUGCAAAUUCAAGAAGAAAAUGAAAGAAUCAUUGCAAUUGGACACAUUAAUGAAGCAGUUGACCAAGGAAAUCCUGACAAAGCUCUAGAAGCCCUGCUAUUGCCCACAGCCAAGCUUCAAGAUGUGAGACCAGUAAAUGCAAGGCAUUGUCAGGAUGUUCUGCACCAUGCCAAAGCACAGAAAUGCAAGGAAUCUCAAGAUGAAUCAGCGCUUCUCUGGCUGGACGAAAUACAAAGAGGAAUCAAUGACAGAAAUAACAACAUAAAAGAAGCAGAAAUCUUGGCUGUUGGAAUAUCAAUGCUUAACAAGAGCUUGGAGAAGGGUGAUUCACAGCCAAUCCUGAUACUGCAGUCAAAGUUUGGAUUACGAGUCAUUCCUGAAUGUGCUGAAGCCUACUUCAGGAACCUCUUAGAAGCCAAAAACAUGAAAACUACAGAAGGGUCUAGCGAAAGUCCACGGAUUAAAAUUGUAAUGAAAGCCAUGUACGAUUACUAUUACAAUGUGGAAACUGAGGAAGGUACCUGUGUUGCGCCCAAAGGAGUUCUACCAAAAAUGUCAUGGUUAACUGGUGAAGAAAUCCAGGCUUUCUGGAAAGGAUUCAAACAAAGGAAAAGCUAUGUUGACAGAUUAAAUGUGCUUCAAGGCAAUGUUGCUGCUAUUGUUAAGAUUCAGUCAUGGGUCAAAAUGUGGCUAGCGAGGAGAGCUUACAGGAAACGUCUGCAAUACUUCAAGGAUCAUAAUGACCAAAUUGUGAAGAUACAAGCAUUUCUUAGAGCAAACAAGGCCAGGGAGGACUACAGAACACUAAUUGGUGCUGAAAAUCCACCCUUGACUGUUCUGCGCAAAUUUGCCUACCUCUUGGACCAAAGUGACUUAGACUUUCAAGAAGAACUGGAAGUAACAAGGUUAAAGGAAGAAGUGGUUACAAAAAUUCGAUCCAAUCAACAGCUGGAGAAGGAUUUGAACUUAAUGGAUAUAAAGAUUGGAUUGCUGGUGAAAAACAGAAUCACUCUUCAGGAUGUGGUACUGCACAGUAAGAAACUUAACAAAAAGAGCAAAAGUCAACUGGAGGAGAUGGUUAUGGUUGACAAACAGGGCAUCCAAGGUUUGAGUAAAGAGAGAAGAAAAAAAUUAGAGGCUUAUCAACACUUAUUCUACCUCCUACAGACUAAUCCCACAUACCUGGCAAAGCUGAUUUUCCAGAUGCCACAAAACAAAUCAACGAAGUAUAUGGAUACAGUCAUCUUCACUCUAUACAAUUAUGCCUCCGAUCAACGGGAAGAGUACCUGCUUCUCAAACUCUUUAAAACUGCUCUAGAAGAGGAGAUAACCUCGAAAGUAGACCAGAUUCAGGAUAUUGUUACUGGAAACCCCACUGUCAUUAAGAUGGUUGUCAGCUUCAGUCGAGGCGCUCGGGGACAGAACACUCUGCGCCAGCUCCUGGCCCCAGUGGUGAAGGAAAUCAUGGAGGACAAGUCUCUCAUAAUCAACACUAGUCCUGUAGAUGUUUACAAGUCAUGGGUAAACCAGCUAGAAAUGCAGACUGGUGAGGCCAGCAAACUCCCAUAUGAUGUGACCACAGAACAAGCAUUGACACACACAGAAGUUGUCAGUAAACUGGAACCAUCUAUUCAUUUGCGAGCAGUAACUGACAAAGUUCUCACAUCCAUAUUCUCCUCUCUCAAUAUGAUGCCUUAUGGAAUGAGAUACAUAGCCAAAGUUCUGAAGAGCUCACUCCAUGAGAAAUUCCCAGAUGCAACAGAAGAUGAACUACUAAAGAUUGUUGGCAACCUUCUGUAUUAUCGCUACAUGAACCCUGCCAUAGUUGCUCCUGAUGGUUUUGAUAUAAUUGAUAUGACAGCUGGGGGCCAGAUACACCCUGACCAGAGGAGGAACCUAGGCUGCGUGGCAAAAGUCCUCCAGCACGCUGCUUCUAACAAACUCUUUGAAGGAGAAAGCGAACAUCUGUCCUCUAUGAGCACUUACCUCUCACAGACCUACCAGAAGUUCAGGAAUUUUUUUCAAGCAGCAUGUGAUGUUCCUGAACCAGAGGAGAAAUUCAAUAUUGAUGGAUACUCUGAUAUGGUGACCCUUAGCAAGCCUGUCAUAUAUAUCUCCAUUGAAGAAAUUAUUAAUACCCAUUCACUGCUUUUGGAACACCAGGAUGCCAUUGCCACUGAGACUAAUGACCUGCUGAACGAAUUGCUGGAAGGUCUGGGACCUGUUCCUGAUAUAGAAUCUUUCCUUGGGGAAAGAGCUGUUGAUCCCAAUGACCCCAACAGGGAAAGCACACUAAAUCAACUUGCAAAAACAGAGAUUUCACUGUCUCUAACAAGCAAAUAUGAGUUACGGGAAAGUGAAGAUCAGGAUCUCAAAAGUCUGAUGAUAAAGACCAAAAGACUUAUUGUGGAUGUGAUACGAACACAACCAGGGGAUACACUCUCAGAAAUAUUAGAAACACCAGCCACUGCACAACAGGAAUCUGAGAACUUGAAACUUGUAGAAGAAUGUGCCAUCUUAGAUUCAAAAACUCCAGAGAAAAUGAAGAACAGCCAGGCUAUUUUUGAAGAUGGGCAGCUACCAAUAGAACAAAAGAAAAGGAAAAUUCAGAGAAAUCUCCGGACAUUGGAACAAGCAGGACUAGUGUCUUCAGCAACUAAGUACCAAGAAAUUAUAAAUGAGAUCUCUAAGGAUAUCCGGAAUCAAAGAAGAUACAGACAUCAUCGAAAAGCUGAACUGGUGAAACUCCAGCAGACUUUGAAUGCACUUAACUCCAAGACAGCAUUUUAUGAGGAACAAAUUAAUUAUUGCAACACCUAUAUAAAAACUUGUUUAGACAACUUAACAAGAAAAAAUUCACGGAGGUCAAUUAAAUUAGAUGGAAAAGAGGAGGUGAAGGGAAGCAAAAAGCUGAAACAGACCUCACUAAAGUACACAGCUGCAAGACUUCAUGAAAAAGGUGUCAUCCUAGAAACUGAAGAUCUUCAAACCAAUCAGUUUAAGAACGUGAUGUUUGAUAUCACACCUGGAGAAGAAGUGGGUGACUUUGAAAUCAAGGCAAAAUUUUUAGGAGUUGAGAUGGAAAAAGUGCAGCUUCAUUUCCAGGAUUUGCUUCAGAUGCAGUAUGAAGGUGUGGCUGUAAUGAAAAUGUUUGAUAAAGCUAAAGUGAAUGUGAAUUUGCUUAUAUUCUUGUUGAAUAAGAAGUUAUAUGGAAAAUGAGUAUUUUCAGAUAUCAUGGACUUCAUCAAUCAGUGGGAAGUUUAUUCAGUAUUUUUUUGCUUAUAAACAUUUGUUUGAAGUUUGUCGUUGGAUGCUUUUUAACUUUAAAAAACACACCCUAAAACACCAAAUGCUCUGAGGAAUGUACACAGUGCCUUUUCAGCAUUGAUAACAAAACAGAAAACCAGGAAAAUCGAUUCAUUUAAACAGUUCCAGAUUUCAUUGGUGUUGGUACUUUUAAAUCAAAAUAUUCUUUAGGACACACAGCUAUUGUGUAGAUCUAAAGGUAGGCAGAAAUUGAAUUUAGUUGAAUAUAUAAACCUCUUCCUAUUGAAACAUUUUUAAAUUACCUCAGAUAUAUAAUAUAGUUAAUACUAGACUUUAAGUAUUUACCAAAAGAAAACCUAAUUUGUUUCUAAGGGAUAGUUUGAGCAAAUAUUUAGUUACAUACUAGGCCUAUUUUGUGGCAUUUGUCAAUUGCAAAGCAAACUUAUUGUGCAAUUCAAAAAAUUUUAUAGGUAAUUAUAAAGCGACAAUAACGACUUACUUCACAAAAAUAUAUUUUGUGAUUCAUUCCUACUAAAUGCACUACUGCCUCAUGCAAAAUGACAUUUUCUACUUUCACAGCCUUUGGAGUGGUAUUGGGGAAAUCUGAAUAGCAAACAGUUGUUCAGUUUGAAGUAUUUGAAUACGUAAAUUGUGCCUGUCUUUUUUUUUUUUUUGUAAGAAAAUAAAUG